GCCAGUACAGCCGGUCCGGCCGCUCUGCUCCCUGCCCAGUCACCCACCGGCCCAGCGAAGGGAGUCGCCGCCGCCAUGGCACAAGCUGACAUUGCUUUGAUUGGACUGGCCGUAAUGGGUCAGAACCUGAUUUUAAACAUGAACGACCAUGGCUUUGUGGUCUGUGCGUUUAACAGGACGGUGUCCAAAGUGGAUGCCUUUCUGGCCAAUGAGGCCAAGGCAACCAAAGUGAUUGGGGCUCACAGUCUACAGGAGAUGGUCUCCAAACUGAAAAAGCCCCGUCGGAUCAUCUUGCUGGUGAAAGCUGGAAGUGCAGUGGAUGACUUCAUCAAAAGUCUGGUGCCAUUGCUGGAAGCGGGAGACAUCAUAUUGAUGGAGGAAUUCAGAGUACAGGACACCACUAGGCGCUGUAAAGAACUCCGGGAAAAGGGCGUCUUGUUCGUAGGAAGCGGUGUUAGUGGGGGAGAGGAGGGUGCCAGGUAUGGACCCUCGCUCAUGCCCGGAGGAGACAAAGAGGCUUGGCCUCACAUCAAGAAGAUAUUUCAAAGUGUCGCUGCUAAAGUGAACACUGGGGAACCCUGUUGUGACUGGGUAGGAGAAGAAGGUGCCGGGCACUUUGUGAAGAUGGUGCACAAUGGGAUUGAAUAUGGAGACAUGCAGCUGAUCUGUGAGGCCUACCACCUGAUGAAGGAUAUACUGGGCAUGGAACAUGAUGAGAUGGCAACGGUGUUCGGAGAAUGGAAUAAGACAGAGCUGGACUCUUUCCUGAUUGAAAUCACAGCUAACAUUCUCAAGUUCAGGGACUCUGAUGGCAAACACCUGCUCCCAAAGAUCAAGGACAGUGCAGGUCAAAAAGGCACCGGGAAGUGGACAGCCAUCUCAGCCCUAGAAUACGGAGUUCCUGUCACGCUCAUCGGUGAGGCUGUCUUUGCACGGUGCUUGUCUUCCCUCAAGGAUGAGAGGGUACAGGCCAGCAAACGGUUGGAUGGGCCCAAAAUGACUCAGUUCAGUGGGAACAAGAAGGCAUUUCUGGAAGAUAUUCGCAAGGCACUGUAUGCCUCCAAGAUUAUCUCCUAUGCUCAAGGCUUCAUGCUGCUGAGACAGGCAGCCAAAGAAUUUGGCUGGACAAUUAACUACGGUGGCAUUGCAUUGAUGUGGAGGGGAGGCUGCAUCAUCAGAAGUGCAUUCCUGGGGAAGAUCAAAGAUGCUUUUGACCGAAACCCCGAUCUCCAGAACCUGCUAUUGGACGACUUCUUUAAGAAGGCUGUGGAGGACUGUCAGGACUCCUGGCGACGUGUGAUCAGCACUGGAGUCCAGAUUGGCAUCCCUAUGCCCUGCUUCACUACAGCACUUUCCUUUUAUGAUGGGUACAGGCAUGAGAUGCUGCCAGCUAACCUGAUUCAGGCACAGCGUGAUUACUUUGGUGCUCAUACCUAUGAACUGUUAUGGAAACCAGGGGAAUUUAUCCAUACUAACUGGACAGGUCAUGGAGGAAACGUAUCCUCUUCAUCCUACAAUGCCUAGUAGAAAUAUUUCAUCUGGAAGCCAAGAUACUGUAGAUCUGAGACAUUCCUCUUGAUGGCAACCCUUUACUUAUACUGCAUUUGGCUAGAAUUUGUCUGGGCACUUAUUUUAUAAUAACUUGUAUGUAUGUGUCUUAUAAGGAAGGCAAAUAAACUCACUUAUAAAUGUA